AUGGAUACAAAUACAAAAUUAUGCCAGGGUAAGGAUAUUUUUGAAAGAAUGAAUUACCUAUACCAGGCAAGUUAUUUAAUGGCUUUGAAAAAUAGAGUAGCAGCAUCAUAUUAUGGAAACAUAAUGGUUGGCUGUGCAAAAAAAUCUGUUUUAAGAAUAGAACCUGAUAUUAAGAGAACAAUUUGUAAAUGUUGUCAAUCUCCCCUUAUACCUGGUGAAACUGCAAAAGUACGAUUAGUAUCAAAACCUAUAAAAAGUGUAAAAUGGACAUGUUUAACAUGUUUAAGUAUUAAAAGAUAUCCUACAAAAAAAGGAUAUAAAUUAUGGAUAGAGCAACCUAAUUCGAUAGUCCAAAUUUUCAAUUAUGAACCAAAGUUAUUAGAUGAUAAAUCUAAUAAGAAAGAAAAAAAUAGCUUAGAUAAAGAACAUAUGGAUAUUGAGAAGAAUUAAAUAUACACAGAUUUAAAUAUUUAUUUUCACAUGAUGUGAGAUGUGAUGAAUGUUGAUAUAUGAAUACUUUUUUUUAUCAAUGACUUACAUAAAAUAUGUUACAAUAAAUUUAUAACCAAUAAACAGAUACUUUUACUAACUAUAAUAUUCGUAACCACCUAGUAAUAUUGUGAUACUGAUAUUAGUUUUACAUUAAAUGUUUAUAGACAUAACAUGAUUGUAAUUAAGUUAUUG